AUGGCAUUGUCUUUCGAUUUCGAUCAUAGCGCUGAACCUGCUAUUCGCCAAUGGCAGGAGGCUUAUUACCAAGAGUUCCAAGCCAGCGUCUGGAUCCAGAGUGAGAGGAGUUUCGUGAUCCGAUACCCGGAGAUCAUCGGCCUGGUCACGAACGCCCUGGGUGUGGUCCAUGUCUGUAAGCUUCGCUGGAAAAACCACUCGACUUUGGAUCGAGAUGGGAGCAGUGGGAAACGACGCGCGGAGGAGAGGUUUGAACCGGAGAGGAGGCGGAGUACGACCACGGUGCACGAAUUAUAUGAGGGCCCGAGCCUGGAUACCUGGUUCGACUUGUGGCCUGAUGCUCAGAAAAACACGAUCGAGCGUGGUACUGAGCGGGCUUCUGGGGGUACAGGCGCGACACAAACGAAAAUAAUAAGGGGCUCAGCAUCUCGGCGCCAACUUGAUAUGGCCUAG